AAUCUUGAUUCUCCCCCUGAGAGAAUUCGGAGUUAAAGUGUUGUCCUCUCUCCAGGCAGAAAGGACUGCAGCUUUUGGCCCCGAGACUUCUUCCUCUUUCCUCUUCCUGCCAGCUGCAGGAGUUUCACUUUCAUUUCUCAGCCAACAACUUGCGGGGAGGGAGGGACUGCAGGCCGGCUGAGCUUUGGGUGAGUGAAUUCCACCCCAGACUUCGCCACUUCAACCAGCAAUCAAGAUUUCCCCACUGGGGCCUGAAGAGUCCCCAGCACCAGGCUUCCUAGUGUUUAACUUCCUGCCUCACAGAUGUGUUAGCCGUCAAGAACCCUUUAAGAGACAAGAUACUCAGGAGUUAGGACAGGAAGAAGGAUAAAUGGCUUCCACAGUCCUGGCGAACCUAGAGGUGGAGGUGAUCUGCCCCGUCUGCCUGAAACUGCUGACAGAACCAUUGAGUCUGGGCUGUGGUCACAGCCUUUGCCAAGCAUGCAUCACUGUGGACAACAAGGAUGCAGAUACUGGCUCAGGAAAGGAAAGCGGCUGUCCUGUGUGUGGUGUCAGGUACCCACUUGGAAGUCUGUGGGUUAACCAGCACCUGGCUGACGUAGUGGAGAAACUCAGAAAUGCAAAGUUGAGCACGGGCCUUGGGAAGAAGAGAGAUCUCUGUGCACUCCAUGGAGAGAAACUUCAGCUCUUCUGUGAGGUGGAUCGAAAGAUCAUUUGCUGGCUUUGCGAGCAUUCUCGGGAACACCGUGGUCACCACACACUCCUCAUGGACGAGGCGGCCAACGAGUGUCAGGAGAAACUCCAGGCAGCUCUCAGAAGGCUGAGGAAAGAGCAGCAAGAAGCUGAGAAGUUGAAAGCUGACAUCACAGAAGACAGAAUUUCUUGGAAGUAUCAGAUACAGAUGGAGAGACAAAGGAUACAAAGAGAAUUUAAUCAGCUUAGAAGAAUCCUGGACAAUGAGGAGCAAAGAGAGCUACAAAGAUUGGAGGAGGAAGAAAAGAAGACACUGAAUAGUUUGUCACAGGCUGAGGAUGAGCUGGUUCAGCAGAGCCAGGUGGUGAAAGAGCUCAUCUCAGAUCUGGAGCUUCGGGGUCAGUGGUCAGCACUAGAACUGCUGCAGGACAUGAGUGGAAUUAUGAAAUGGAGUGAGAUCUGGACGCUGAAGAAGCCAAAAACUCCUUCGAAGAAGCUGAAGAGUGUGUUUCAUGCUCCAGACCUGAGCAGGAUGCUAUGGAUGUUUAGAGAGCUAAAAGAUGUCCAAAGCUACUGGGUGGACUUUACACUGAAUCCAGUGAACCUAAAUUUGAAUCUUGUCCUUUCGGAAGAUCACAGACAAGUGAGACCUGUGCCAAUUUGGCCAUUUAAGUGUUAUAACUAUGGCAUUUUAGCCUCGCAAUAUUUCUCCUCAGGGAAACAUUAUUGGGAAAUAGAUGUUUCCUAUAAGACUGCCUGGAUCCUGGGAGUAUACUGUAGAAAACGCUCCAUAACGUUUGCUAUUAAUCAAAGCACAACCCAUUCAAAAAAUUACUCUAGAUACAGACCUCAGUAUGGCUAUUGGGUUAUAGGGUUGCAGAAGAAAUUGGAGUAUUAUGCCUUCGAUGAAACGUCUACCUUUGAUCCUAAGAUUUUGACCCUCUCUGUGGCUACUCCUCUCCAUCGUGUUGGAAUUUUCCUCAACUUUGAAGCAGGCACCGUCUCAUUUUUUAAUAUCACAAACCAUGGGUCACUUAUCUACAAAUUCUGUAAAUGUUCCUAUUCUCAGCCCGUUUAUCCGUAUUUCAAUCCUUGGAACUGUCCAGCUCCCUUGACUUUGUGCCCACCCAGCUCCUGAAUGUUCUCAUUCCUUCAUCUACCUGUGAUACGCUGUCUUAAGGAUCAUCUCCGGGGUCAGGGCACAUCUGUACUGUUCAGACCACCUCUUCCUUGUGGUUUCUCUUCCGUCCUUUGGAACUAUUACUCUUCCUUGAGACAUCCAGAGUAUUUUGCUUGAAUUAGGAGAGAAACAUAUUUACUCUUUCACAGACAUCAAUCCCGCCCAGAGAUGGGUCUGUACUGGUGUAACAUCCACGGCUCAUAUUUCUCCACAUUCCUCUUGAUCACUGAUCUGAAGAUACUUGGAAAGCCUGUUAGCUUCGUUGCAUAUCCGUAUUAUUUUGGGUAGUCCGUAGGAGUCCUCCUCAUGAACUCCGCCACAACAUCUCAAGACGCUUUGAACAAAUAUCACUUUGUGAUACCCCAGGUUCAUCUGGGAAUACAGGAAAAUAAAACAGAGUAAGCAGUAGGCACACCCAGAGUUAUAUCCAGCCUAUUUCAAUUCAAAUCCUGUCUCUUCUUUCAUAAGCUGUGUGAAGUUCUGGUCAUAGAUGAAUUCUAGGUUUGUUUUUUCCUAAAAUACAAAUUGGGAUUUGCAGUUGCACCUGACAAGCUCAUUGUGAGGAAGCAAAUGUCACAAAAUGUAAAAUAUCUAUUUAAAGUAUUUUGUACCUCAUAAUAAAUAAGUGCAUUUGUGAUUACUGAAAAUAAGCUAUGUUACUGUCCUAUGCAAUAGAUUUGUGCCUUUAUAAUAAUAAUCUUUCUACCAAAGUUUCAUUUUUCAAGUUUUAGAUUCUGCUGUCAAGACUACUCGAGUUUUGCUUUAUACAACUUUUUAUACUGAGGCUGGUACUUUUUUAAAAGCCCUUUAUGAUAAAUGGGUUGGAAAACUCAAAGAAUGGGUGUCCAUAAUCUGUCCAAUACAAGGAGCCAUUUCUCGGGACAGCUGCUGUACAGGACAGUCUUCUAGUGCUCAGGACAUUUCCUGAAUGACUACUGUUAAUUACCAGCCCAUACACUUUUCAUUUUUUAAAAAGGAACUUGGAACAGCAAAAGCACCAACUAUUCUUUGAGAAUUAUGCUUCAUAAGUUAGAGAAGGUAUGCUGUAUAAAUUUUUACAGAGCCCAACUGGAAUGAAAAAAAACAUGCUUGAUCUGGGAAUUAAUAUAUAAAUACACACACACACACACACACACUCAUACACCCAACACAUAUAGAAGUGUAAUAGUCAUUUACAUAAAUAUAUUUACAUACAGGUUCUUUAUCAGUUAAUUUUCAAAAAUAUCAAAAGAAAAAGGAACUCCUAUCAAGCAGUUAAAUGAAUAUACAAGCUGGCUGUGGUGGUGCAUACCUGUAACCCCAGCACUUGGGAAACGAAGACAAGAGGAGGCAAGUUUGAACCUAGCUUGGGUUAAAUAGGGAGUUGAAGGCCAGCCUGAACUUCAUAGUGAGACCCAGUCUCAUUAAAAAAAAAAAAAAAAAUGUACAGCCACAGGUGGUGAUAUCUGCUUGCAGUCCAACACUCAGAAGUCCAAGGCUGUAGGCUUCUUAAUGAGACACAAGGAGAGAGAGAGAGAAGAGGGGGAGAGGUGAGAGGGUGGGAGGAAGGGAGAGAGGAGAGGAGGGAGGGGGAGAAGGAGAGGAUACAAGCCUAUUAGAUAUUACCCCAAUGUCUCAAGACUAACAAGUUGAAUGAAGCAGGCUUAGAAGUGGUUCUCACUCUCCCAGACCAGUGAAUAGCAAAAUUGUUAUGUUAAUGAAAUCCUGUCUGACUUCAAAAUUCAUGGGCGUAACCAUCCAGUCCAUACCAGUGGUGCCAAAUCUACAGCACUGUGAGCUGCAGUGGGCUAUUUUAUCUUUGAACACUCUUAAAGGUCUGUACCCAUCAUGACACCUGACAGUACACCAGGAAUGCAGUAUUAACUGCAUUGUAGCCAUUACCUUGACCUACUGCUGGUUCAUUAAUGUCUACAGGGAGUGAACUUUUCAAACAUGUCCUAGGACCUAAGAUUUUUCCAUCAUAUUCCAGUGUCCUGCAAACCAACUUCUCCUUGCUGUCUUUCCUUCCCCAUAUCCUAAGGAAUCUGGGUCAUGUCUUCCCUCUGGGCAUGUACUGCAGAGGUGAGGACUGUCUCGGAAAGUGUUUAUGGACUGAAGACCCAGCAGAUCCAAGACAAAUCUGUACUUCUCUCUGAAGAAGACACACUGAGUGGACACUGAAGGAGAGAUUGAGAUGAAAUUGAUUUGGUGAAAUGUUAUAUAACGUGUGGAGACAGAUAAACCUGUAAGUUUGAGAUGUAAGCAUUCUGCGCAUGUAUGAAGUAGAGGCAAGAGGGAAAAGGGGGAAAAAAUCUUCAUUUGUGGAAAAUCAAGGGUUUUCUUUAGGUAGGUAUGCCAUCCUUUUUGUGAGCGAGAUGAUGGGUUCCAACAAGCAUCGAUGCUCAUAUUUUUAUUUGUCUUGCUGAAUUUGAUGAUGUUUCAAAGAUAAAUACUUCCUGACAUAUAGCUCACUCUUAUGGUUUUUUGUUGUUGUUUGUUUGUUU